AUGGGGCUGCGCAAGAGACGAAAGAUCUUCUCCGACCGCCCCUCUGCUGCUACUUUGCCGCCCGGCACUGUCGGAGGGGCGGACGCAGGUGGAGGACGAGAGGAGUGCGGGUACAGGUGGCACAAGACGGGCAAGACUCGCCCCGUGUUUGCUCGUAACAGAAAGCAGGUACGAGACUCCCCCUCUCCACCAAUUCACUCCUCUGUGCAAGUUCUUCUGGGCCUGCUCUGUCAUCUGGAGCCUGCUAUUGGGGGAGAGAGGGUAAAAAGGGGAGGGAAGGCGGACGCGGGUGGAGGACGAGAGGAGUGCAGGUACAGGUGGCACAAGACGGGCAAGACUCGCCCCGUGUUUGCUCGUAACAGGAAACAGGUACGGGACUUGCCUCCCCUACCCUACACUCCUCGCAAGUUCUUCUCUGGUCGCCCCUCCACUGCCACCCUGUUGCCUGCCACCGCGAAGAGAGAGGGGGGGGGAGGGGAUGGGUGCAGGGCACGCGGGCGCCAAGGGGCAAGAGCCGGGGAGAAAAAGGGUUCUGAUGAGACCGCUCAGUUGACUAUCCUUGCUUCUUCCUUCCCCUCUUCCCUCGCUCCCCCUCAGAUCGGGUGGAAAAAGAUUCUGGUGCUGUAUGAAACGCGGGCACAGAGGGGCAAGAGGCGGGGGGCGGAGGAGAAGGGGAGCCCUGCAGGGGGCAGCGGGAAGGACAGGAAGACGAACUGGAUCAUGCACCAGUACCACGUGGGGGAGCAGGGCGAGGAGAAGGAGGGCGAGUGGGUGGUGUCCAAGGUGUUCUUCCAGGUAAAUGAGGGGGGUCCUCAGGUUGCUGUGACAGUGUUGCUUGGAUGGAAGUGCAUGGUGGGGUGGGAAGGUCAGGAAGACGAAUUGGAUCAUGCACCAGUACCACGUGGGGGAGCAGGGCGAGGAGAAGGAGGGCGAGUGGGUGGUGUCCAAGAUUCAGCAGAGGCAGAGUUCUGGCACGCGAGCAGGCAGCAGGGAGGGGUCACUGCCCCCUGCAUGAUUCUGUCUGCUAUUCAGCAGAGGCAGAGUUCAGGCACGCGGGCAGGCAGCAGGGAGGGGUCUCUGCCCCCCCUCGGCCAAGGGGCAGACGAGGAGGAGUGUGGGGGCGAGGGGAGGGAGGACAUUGAAGCAGUAGGGGAAGGGGAGGGCGCAGGGGGAGAGGAGGAGGAGGCGGAGGAGGAGGAGGCAGUGGAUGAUAUCGAGGAUGUUAAUGACGAGGAUGGGGAUGGGGAUGGGGGUAUGGCGGUUACACCUAGAGCAGGGGUGGCAGGGAGAGCAGGGGGAUUGGUAUCAGGGGCAGCAGGAGGUGCGUUUGUAGCGGCAGGAGGAUCGGCUGCAGCAGGAGUAGGUUCGGCUGUAGCGGCUGUAGCAGCAGGAAGGCGAGGAAGGGGAGGGCGGGGAGGCAGGGGAGUAAGCCAGGGUGGUCGGGGGGGUUCUAGAGGAGGUAGGACAGCAAAAGGGGGAGUGCUGGCAGCAAAGGGUGCGUUUCAAGCAUCACAACCAUCACCCACGUCAGCCCCUGCUGCCUCUUUUGGUGCGGCGUUUUUGCCACCAGGGCACCACGCACCACCGCCGUUCCUCCCUGCAGCUUCUCCUAUUCCCACAGCAGCAGGUGCUGCUGCCUCAUGUGCUAUUUCAGGUGGCUUUUCCGGUGUUUCAGGUGCUGAUUCGAUGAUAGCAGCAGACACAGCGCCAGCAGGGGCAGCAGGUGCAGCAGCAGGGCCUGCCCGUCUGCUCUCCUUCCACAACCAAGGACCCCCUUGUGGGGUCCAGGAGGGGGCUUUAUUAGGCAUGGCAGGACCACCAAACACUGGCGUUCCUGGUGUAGGAUUCACUCCGUUCAGUAGGAAAGGUGGUGUUCCGGCUGGUGCUGGCGCUGGUGCUGCUGGUGGUGGUGGCGGUGGUUCUGUUCGUGCUAGUACUGGUGGUGCAACAGCAGGUGAAAUCACCAGCAUCACCAGCAACAGCAGCGGCAGUGGGCAUGGCAGUGGCAGCGCUGGGGCAAUGUUCCUUUCUCCUCCUCCUAACACACAGAGACGGGUGGGGCUUGGUGGUUUCAAACCCCUUGACACCAAUCCUGCUGCUGCUGGCGCUGCUGCUGGUGGUGGCGGUGCUGCUGAGCCUGUCACUCCAAACAGCACUGCCAUGCCGCUUCCCAUCACCCCUCCGUCGGCACACUCUGCCUCGGGUCUUAUGCCCUUAAAGCCGCCUGGCUGGGGUGGAGAAGCAGGGAGGCUAGUUUCGUGCCAACUGCAGCAGCAGCAGCAGCAGCAGGGUAACCAUGCUGCUACAACUUCCCCUGGAACUGAAGCUGCUACAGCCGCAGGGGGAGUGCGCAGUGAAGCCGCAGGAGUGAGCGACCUGAGAGCGUAUGAGCAGUCGCUGGGAGACAGUGCCUCGGACAUCGGCUCACACCCAUACUCACAGGAGCCUCUUUUCCUCCCCCCACAGGCUUCGAUACAAGAAGUUCCACCUGCCAUGCCAUCUGCUGCUACUACCAGCCUCCCUGCAACUGCAUUAAGGCAAUACCUGGCUCAGAGGCAACAGCGGCAGCAGGGGGGAGGGUGCCAACAGGCUAAUGAGACCGGGCAUUACCUGCAGCAACAGCCACAGCAGCAGCAACAGCAGCAGCAACAGCAGCAGCAGCAGCAGCAGCAGCAGCAGCCACAGCAGCAGACAGGGGAAAGUGAGCAGCAUAGACAGGCGGGGGCAUAUCCGCAGUUGCAGCAGCAGCCGCUGCCGCCGUCGCUGCAGCAGGAGCAACAGGCAGGGCAAACCAGAGAUAACGGGAUGGUGAACGAUGCUGCAAUAAGGACGACCAGAGGGCUUCUGGGGGAGGUGGAUGCAGGGCAGGAAGAGAAUGGGGCGGCAGGGAAGUGGGAGACAGGCAGCGAGGCGAUGACUCUGGAGGAAGCAACUCAGAGGCACAGAGUGGGGCUCCAAGAAGAUGAUUACCCCUUCCGAUUUCUCUCCACGCCUACAGACGAGCACACUGAUGGCUCUCCCAAGAAAGCCGAGUGUGGGACUGCAGAAGAUGGGAUUAUAGCAGGAGCGACUGUAGCAGGGUCUGCUGGAGGGAUUGUAGCCACCGGUGCGGCUGUACCUGAUGCAGCUACAGCCGAUGCAGCGGCUGUAGCAGCGCCGGCCACACCUCGAGUGCCCUCGUCUGCUGACGUGGCAGCCAGUGCUGCAAGCUCAGGGAACAUGGAGGCGGGCUGUGCAGAGGGAGGUACAUCUGGGGUAGGCUGUACUGGCGUGGGUGGUGGUAGGGCCACACACACCAGUGCAGGGAUUAGCGAUGGGGAUGGAAGAGUAGGAGGGGUGGAGGGUACAGGGGGAGGUAAGAGUUUGUGGAAGCCUGCCCCUAGGAGAUUCUCCCCCCCUGCUGGUGGCAGGGGUGAUGUUAGGGGUGGCGCUGCAACCAUUGCUGCUGUGAAAAUCACUGCUGCUGCUGUGAGCGAUGCGCUAAAAGACUCGCUCAAUGAGCCGCUAAGAGACUCGCUUAAGGAGCCGUGGUCGAUCCCUACAAGCCAGGAUCUGCCUCUGCCGUCCACCCCCAUCUUUCUAAGUCAGGAGCUUCCGCCUAUAGAGCAUUUGCCCUCCUCUCUGCCUUCCCUGCCCCCAUCUCAAGAGCCUGUGGGGUGCUUUGAAUCCACUCAGCCAGUGGAUUUGGGAGAGGGGGAGGGGGAAGAGGGGAUAGGCGGGAUGGGGCAAAUGCGGGAGAUUGGGGCGAUGGGGGAGAUGGGGGAGAAUGGCGGGGAGCAGAGUGGGGGGGAGUCAGAGGAGGCGAUUCAGGAAACACAAAUAGAGGCCGAGGAGGUGGGUGGUCCGGGGGGGCAUGUGGGAGACGAGGAGCAACAGCGGGAGCUGAAGCAACGGUUGCAAGAACAGCAACAGCAGGGGUUUCAGCACCAGCAGCAGCAGCUGCAACAGCAGCAGCAGCAGCAGCAGCUGCAACAGCAGCAGCAGCAGCAGCAGCAGCAGCAGCAGCAGCAGCAGCAGCAGCAGCAGCAGCAGCAGCAGCAGCAGCAGCAGCAGCAGCAGCAGCUGCAACAGCAGGAGGUGCCACGGCAGCAAGGGGUUGCUGCAGAGCACAGGGGCGCAGCGACAGAGUCAGCAGAACUGAAUGGAGGCGGACAGUGUGGCAAGGAUAGCAACAGCGGUGGUGAGGGCAAGGAGAACAACAAUGGCGGUGGUGACAGAGGUAUUGGCAGUGGUAGUGGCAGUGAGGGGAAAGAUUCUUCACCGUUGGAUCUUCUGAUGCUCGCCCUGUCAGGCGAACAGGGUGGGGAUGGGCAGAAGGAGUGUGUGGGACAGCAGGGCACGAUGGAAAGGGGGGACGAUAGGGAGGGAGAAAGAGGGGGAGAUAGAGGGGAGAAUCGUGAGGGAUGUCAAGCAUUGCCUUUAAGUUAUCCUUGUGCUGUUCCCACCACUGCAGGCGCUGUUGCCAACAGCACACCACCCCUGGCGUCUGCCAAUGUUGCUGUUCCAGCUGAAAGGGGGGAUACGAGCACAGCAGGGCCAGCCACAGCGUGUGGGAGUGAAGCAGGCAUGGGCGGGCGUAGGGAAGGGGAAGGGGAAGGUGUGGUUGUAGGCAGUUGUGUGGAUGUAGCUGGGGCAAUGGCUAGUGCUGCAGGGGGCUGUGGGGUUGUGCCUGGUGCUGCAGGGGAUUGUGGUGCUGGUGUGCCUGGUGCGGUAGGGAGUGGUGUUGGUGUGCCUUGUGUGGUAGGGAGUGGUGUUGGUGUGCAUUGUGUGGUAGGGAGUGGUGUUGGUGUGCCUUGUGUGGUAGGGAGUGGUGUUGGUGUGCCUUGUGUGGUAGGGAGUGGUGUUGGUGUGCCUUGUGUGGUAGGGAGUGGUGCACUUGGUGCUGCAUUUUGGAUUGGCAGCAGUGGCCCGGGCAUGAGCAAUGGCACGUGGGGCGAGUGGAUGGGGCCUGCUAGCAUGCACUACGGCGCUUAUCCCGGCCAUUAUCCCGCGGCGCCUCAAGCGGGAGCGUCUUAUCACCAGCAGCCGGCUCACGGUGCUGCUCCUCCGCCUCCUUACGUUGCGCCUCAAGCACAAGUUCCGUCGCAACCGUAUGCGGUCGUGGGGUCGCAGUACUGCUUACCGUACGAGACUGUGCUUGUAAUGAAGGAGAAGAUGUUCUCGUUAAGCGAAGCGAAGAAGGUACAAGAUACAAACGGGAAUCUGCACUUCAAAGUCGCAAACAGGCUGCUAUCCAUUCCCAACAAGACGGGGUCUCACAUUCCAAGCAUUGAGUAG